UCAGUUCUUGCCCUCAAGAAACUUGCAAUAUUAAUAGGGAAGCACAACAUAAACUACACAAAAGAGAGCUGAGAAAUGGUUGUUGGGGGAGAGAAUGUACCUCCUCAGAGAGAAUGAAGGAAGAAGCGCUGCUGGCCUCGGCAGGUGCCGGGAGGAAUCGGCCAGUCAGCGAAAGGGGAUGCAGACGCAUGAGAAACCUGCAGAGGCAAAAGCAUCUUUCGGGGAAACUGAUAUUGAUGAUAAAUAUGGAGAUUUGGAUUCCAGAACUGAUUCUGACAUUCCAGAAGUUCCACCAUCCUCAGACAGAACCCCUGAAGUGCUUAAGAAAGCUCUGUCUGGCUUAUCUGCAAGGUGGAAAAAUUGGUGGAUUCGUGGAAUUCUUACUCUGACUAUGAUUUCAUUAUUUUUCCUGAUCAUCUACAUGGGAACAUUUAUGUUGAUGCUUCUUGUGUUGGGCAUCCAAGUGAAAUGCUUCCAUGAAAUUAUUACAAUUGGCUAUAGAGUCUAUCGUUCUUAUGAACUACCAUGGUUUAGAACACUAAGCUGGUAUUUUUUACUGUGUGUGAACUACUUUUUCUAUGGAGAGACUGUAGCAGAUUAUUUUGCUACAUUUGUUCAAAGAGAAGAGCAACUUCAGUUCCUUAUUCGCUACCAUCGAUUUAUAUCAUUUGCACUGUAUCUGGCAGGUUUCUGCAUGUUUGUACUGAGCUUAGUGAAGAAACAUUAUCGUCUUCAGUUUUACAUGUUCGCAUGGACUCAUGUCACUUUGCUGAUAACUGUAACUCAGUCUCAUCUUGUCAUCCAAAAUCUGUUCGAAGGCAUGAUAUGGUUUCUUGUUCCCAUCUCAAGUGUUAUCUGCAAUGACAUUACAGCCUACCUUUUUGGAUUCUUCUUUGGGAGAACUCCCUUAAUUAAGCUGUCUCCUAAAAAGACUUGGGAAGGAUUCAUUGGAGGAUUCUUUUCCACAGUUGUUUUUGGAUUCAUUGCUGCCUACUUUUUAGCAAAGUAUCAAUACUUCGUUUGUCCAAUAGAGUACAGAAGUGAAGUCAAUUCUUUUGUAACUGAGUGUGAACCAUCAGAACUUUUCCAACUUCAGACUUACUCUGUUCCUCCCUUAUUGAAGGGAGUGUUGAGAUGGGAUACAGUGAGCUUGUAUCCAUUCCAGAUACAUAGCAUUGCACUUUCAACAUUUGCAUCUUUAAUUGGUCCAUUUGGAGGUUUCUUUGCUAGUGGAUUCAAAAGGGCUUUUAAAAUUAAGGAUUUUGCAAACACCAUCCCUGGACACGGAGGAAUAAUGGACAGGUUUGACUGCCAGUACUUGAUGGCGACUUUUGUGCACGUGUACAUUACCAGCUUCAUAAGGGGCCCAAAUCCCAGCAAAGUGCUUCAGCAACUGUUAGUGCUUCAGCCAGAGCAGCAGUUGAAUAUCUACAAAACCCUGAAAUCUCAUCUCAUUGAGAAAGGACUUCUCCAGCCAUCCCUGAAGUUAUAGCUGGAUCCAUGAGGAACUUUAAGCAAUUCUGUAGAAAAGCACUGACAUAUAUUUUGCACUUGUCUAGAAAAAAUGAUUUAAUAUGCAGUAAAUUGAGGUUUUUAAAGACACAAAUGUUACUUCUCUAAAAUUACUGUGAAUAUUUAAUAAACAUUUGAUCCACGUAUGAAAUAUGUAACAAAUUGCCUGCAAACUAUCCUGUAUUUUUUCUAGUGUAUCUCAUGAUAUUGACAAGACUCUUUAUCUGCAGGGUUUCAGAAUGGAAGAACUCAAAUACUCUCAAAUGUAUAAUUAAGGAAAUGUUAAGGUUGUCCUGGAUAUAUCCCUUGGCCAAGUAUUUGUCCAUGCAAUUCAAAACAGCCCUUUUAGCUAAAGGUUUAUAGUGCAGUAGAAAAUCCACUUGACCAGUAGAUUCUUGUUAUUUUAUUCUGAACUAUUUUCUCAAGGAUAACUGUGUUACUAAGGCAUGAAUAUACUUAAUUGAAGAGAAUAAAAUCAUUUGUCAGGCAAAAAGAUAUAUAUUUUUUAAGAUGAGGGUAAAAUAAAGAGGCUAAUCUGUGUCUUAUGAGACAAUUGGCCAGCAUUUAACUUUGUAAUUAAAUUGUGUGUAACGUUCUCUAGUAUCAUCAGUGUGACUCAAGGAAAAUAUGAAGAGCUGUUCUGCCUGAGGUACCCGCUGUCACAAGCACUCCUUUGGGGAAAUGGAUUCAGAACAGUCACAGGUCCAAAAAAAAAAAGACCCCCAGUUUAGUUAGUAGACAUCUGGCAAGAUAUUUGCAGUAAGCAAUUUAGACUUAAGCCCGUUUCAGUUUCCUUUCCUCGGCUGUGUUGGCUUUAUCAGAGAUGCUGACUGCACACUGUGUCACCAGGGGCUGCUUCUGCACCAUUGGCUUAUAUCGUGAUCUAUCUUUAAAGUCAUGAGUAAAUCGUUGAACUUGAGGAAGGAGACUUCGAUCGAGAACAGAAAGUCCAAGAAGGCCAAGCCUUUGCUUUGGUGUUCUGGAGACCUGAACCUAAUUACAUUUCUCAUAAAUGGAUCUAAACAAACUACUGAUGCUAUAGAAAUUCUCGCUCUAUUUACUUAAUUUACUGGUUGGAGCUAACACUUGAAGAAAUUUAGUGCUCCUGGAUAGAACGACAUUGGGAAUAACAGAUGUGUUUGUAAAGAACAUUACACUAACAAGAACCGUAAACGUUUUUAUGUCAGAAUUAAAUUCCAGUUGCUUUUGAAUAUGUAAAGUGAGAAGUUUCUUUCAGCCUUAGGCACUAUGUAAGUAUUCUGUAAAUAGCCUGGAAACAUGAGAAACAGUUGAAUGGAGAGCUAAGAAUUCUACUGCUUAGUCCUACAUUCAUUUGGUUAUUUGUUAUUGAAUGAGUACAAUCAGCAAUAUUUCGUUGUGCUUUUCAAUAAAAAUCUCGAAAUGGCAUUGGAAAAUUCUUUGAUGAGUUUCAGAAUUAGGCUGCUUAUCAUUUGUCUGUUUUUUCUCUUUAUUUGUUCCAUCGAUCACUAAUAGCAAAUCAUAAAAGUACUUUGGAUGUAUGUAAACACACAUGUGGUGGACUUUAUAAAGUAAAUAUGUAUAUAUAUGUGUAUGUGUAUCGGGAAGCUUGUUAGGUAUGUUUUAAUUGGCUGUCUCAUACACGUGUGCAUGUUUGUAUAGAAAAAAUCUAAAUUUGGGAAAAAUCUAAAACAGGUCAUUAAUUGCUAGAUAUUAUGAAACAAUUAGAAGAGUCUAAAGAAAUAGCUAUCUUUUAAAUGAUGAAAUGCAUUAUAAAAUAUAAGCCUAUAAUGGCCUUUUUGAGUUACAGAUAGGACUUCAAAUUGGGCAUACAUUCUAUGUGUAAAACAGUCUUAAUUUUUAUUUUAACAGAGCUAUAAAGAUUUCACUUUUUUUAGAGUAAUUUUAUAGUAUGUAUCUUAAAAUAGAGUCUAUUUUAACAAAUGCAACCUACCCAAGUGGGUCAUUUUUAUAUUUACACUGAAGAAAUAUUUCAAGAUAGUAAUUGUGAUGGUAAGAACAAAGCUAGCAUCUUUUUCAGCCAUAAUAAUGGCCAAUUAUUCUAAAUUUACCUUUUUUUAAAAAAAAUUAAGUAUUCUAGUUAUUGCUUUCUGCUCUUACAUUUGCUGGCUGUUUAAUCUGUGGAAGGCAGAAAACUUCCUUUUAGUGUUUUUUUUCUGUGCCCCCCCAUUGGUUCAUAGAUCAGUGUUUUCUGUUUAAGAAUGCAAUCAAUAAAUGAGGUGGGGGGAGGGCGGAUCUUCUUUUCAAUUGUUGGCUUCUCUUCACUUAUAUUUCAGUUUUUGCAAGGAUGUCAAUGUAGAUACUGUCUACAGGUGCCAGUUUAUUACAUGUAUUCAAGAGGGUUGCCUAAAUCUACUAAAGCUGGGUCAAGGGAGAAAUAAAACUUAAAACUCCA